CGCACCUGCGCCGGCAGCGCUCUUGCUUUCCUGUCCGGUGCGAUCCCCAGUCACUGUACUUUGGGUCCGGCACGCUUGCCGUCUGCUUCCUCUGCCCUUACACCGGUUGCCCAGCAUCCCUGCAGUUCGCGGUACAGUCUCUUCUAGGGCGCAUGUAUGGGGCAGAGGGGAGUGAAGUCCACAGUUCUAGAGCCUGCCGACCAUGCCCGCGGGCGUGCCCACGUCCACCUACCUGAAAAUGUUGACAGCCAGUCUCCUGGCCAUGUGCGCAGGGGCAGAAGUGGUGCACAGAUACUACCGACCGGAGCUGACCAUACCUGAAAUUCCACCUAAGCCUGGAGAACUCAAAACGGAGCUUUUGGGGCUGAAAGAAGGAAAACAUAAACCUCAAGUUUCUCAACAGGAGGAACUUAAAUAACUAUGCCAAGAAUUCUGUGAAUAAUGUCUUAAAUGUGUAUUUAAUUUAUUGCAUCAAACUACUUGUCCUUAAGCACUUAGUCCAAUGCUGACUGCAAAAGGAGGUGCUCAGUGGAUGUGUAGCCGAUACGUUGAAAUUUAAUUACGGUUUGAUUGAUAUUUCUUGAAAACUGCCAAAGCACAUAUCAUCACACUCAUGAAUAUGGUUUGAAAGAUAGUUAGUCUUGAAUAUAAUUUGAAAUAGAAUAUUUGUAAGUCUACUAUAUGGGUUGUCUUUAUUUCAUAUAAAUUAAAAAAUUAUUUAAAACUAUGAACUACUUUCAUUAAUUGAAUUUGCUAAGUGGAGUUAUUUCUCAUUGCUAAACUAUUUUCAAAUUCUAGAUCUCUGCUAACUGUAGUAAAUGAACACCAAAGUGGUGAGCUUUGAUAAUGCAUUUUGUGGAUACAAAAUCAUCGCCUCAUCACUUUCUAGAAUGAAAGGCUGGGGGCAUUGCUCACCUUUUGCGUGAAGAAAAGACCCAUCCCUUAGGGCCAGUUUGUGCUUAAGGGGAGGACAGACCAUCACUCAGUGGACCAUGUGAAUGAAUGGAUGCAGUGGAUGCUUUAGAAGUACCGCAUACCUUCCUUUUACAGGUACAGAGUAGGUGGCCUGGCUACUGAGGGAAAGAGUCAUGAUUUGAAUCCGAGUCUCCUGUAAGACAAUGACUUCAUGAAGGUGAAAAAUCAGUUUUAUGGUUAUUAAAAUAAAAAAUUAACCUCAGGUCAGGUAAAAAUGCCAUCUUUAUUUCAUUAAGUGCUGGUUCUAAGUGACUUCCAAUAAGAUACAUUUUCUUCCUGUUUUGAAGUUGAUCCCUAUUGUGAAAAAUAUACAUUGUAGUGGUCAUGGAAAUGUGCCAUCCAGACUCCCUAAGGAAGCUUGUUGCCCUAGCAUCAAGCAUGCCAGCAGCUUUCAAUGGUCAGCUUCUGGAAGGAUUGCCUCAGCUAUGGUGGCCUUGUUCAAAGCCAUGCCUCCUGAAGGGGCCCAUAUCCAAUGACUGUUGGAAGUGAGAAUAGAAAGCCCUGGCCACUUCAGCACAUGAGUGGUGGGCAACUCUGAUGGGCCCACCACAACUCCCUGUGGGGUUUAUGGACACUGUCUUUGGAUCUGCGUUGCAGCUCGACUUCUCCCUCAGCUUGGUCCCGUUUCCUUUCUCAGGUGUUGAUCAAAGGGUGCGCCUUCACAGACCCUCUGCUAGACUGCACCUCAGUGUUUCUUGGAGAACCAAAUCUGUAACAUAUAUGCAUUAAAAAUUAAAAGCAGUACUAUAUUAUCCCCUAAUAAUGAUGGUUUUUAACUUAAAAGGCUGAGAUAGACCAGUUGCAACCUGUUUGGUAAUUAAAUUAGGCCAGUUAAACAGUUUUUGUGCAAGAUAGGUAUGAUUGAGCUAUUUAUUUUUAUCAAAAACUGAAGGAGUAUGAUGCUUUCCUGCUAGGAACAAUAGAAAUUUAGUAAUUGUAGGAUUCCGAGGAGCAAAAGUGUCAGAUAUCACUAAUUCAAUGUGAUCUGAUGGCUUUGAUUUCUACAAGUAUAUCAUAGCAGUAUUAACAAUGGUAAUGCAUAGUGGCCCCAAAAUGGGAAACAUUACAAGUAGCAAUUAAUAUAAGCCUGUAUCAUAAAAGGAAGCUAUAUAUACCUUAAUUACAGCAUGUUUCUGUAACUGAGCUGCCAUUC